AUAUUUUUUUAUCAAAUCGUCAAGGUGUGUCAAAGCUGUGGUUGAGUAAUUUGUGAAAAUCGAAAUUAGUCACUUUCUUGCAUUUGUUAGGACUGAGACUAAACUCCGAACGUUCUGAAAGUGCUAGUUUCGGAAGCAAUAGUAUAAGAUGGCUUUCAAUACAAUAUUGUUAGCUGCAGUUCUAUCGGCGGUUAUUUUUUGUGUAACAGCGUUUAACUUAUCGCCCAAACCUAAUUACGUGUUUCGCGAACCGAGUCUCUAUACGUUUAAGGAAAAAUCGCGCAGCUCAUAUUUUGGAUAUUCAAUAAACUUAAGGCUAAGCAGUGUUUUAGUUGGAGCUCCUCGUGCACAGUCAACGCUCGAAACGCAACAAAAUAUCAAUGAAACAGGAGCUAUUUAUCGUUGUACUUUCGAACCAUCUGCUUGUUCGCCGUAUCAUUACGAUGAACUUGGAAAUAUUGAAGCACAGGACACUGGUGAUCAAUUCACCCGUGAACGAAAAGACCAUCAGUGGCUAGGAGCGGUUAUGGAUGGUAGUUCUUCGGACGAUGAUCGAUUCAUUGUCUGUGCACCAAGGCUUAUUAGAGAUUUAUCGAACGACAAUUUGUUGCAUGGUUUGUGCUAUUGGUCGCCUAACACAACUGAUGUCAGCCCUCUCGAUGUUAGAAAAAUCGCACCAUUUAAGGAAAAAGGCAAACAAACAUUUGCUGGUGAUUUGUUUUAUUAUACGUUUGGCGAACUGGGAUUGAGUGUACAUGUUACGGAAGAUAAUACAAUUUUGAUAGGAGCACCAGGUGUUUUUAAUUGGAAAGGUACCGUAGUUCGUUUCUCAUCAAAGUCACAGGAUGGUAGUGGGGGCUUAAGCCGUAGAGAUGUUUCUGGGAAGUCAACGAUCCACAAAAGGGAUGCCAUGUAUUAUGAUACUGAUGUUCCCAAUCCAGGUCUGUGGUCUCAAAGCAAUGACUCCUAUUUCGGUUAUGCCGUGUCGUCUGGAUAUUUUGAGGGAGUUGAUUCAAAGAAUAUUUUAUACGUUGGAAGUGCUCCACAGGCGAAUGGUCAAAGAGGAGAAGUGUACAUUUUUGACAUUGUUCCAGUGGGAACACCGGUCUUUUCCACCGAAAAAACGAUUAAAGUCUAUCACACAUUCUCAUCGGAACAAAUGGGAGAGUAUUUUGGUUAUGCCUUAGUGUCGGAAGACUUUAACGGCGAUAAAUUUUGCGAUAUCGCCAUAGCUGCACCAUUUAAUGCAAAAAAAGAUAGUUAUGAGAAUGGUGCAGUGUACAUCUAUGAAAAUCUAGGUGAAACAGCAUCUGGAAAGUGGAGCGCUGGUUUUUCUCUUAAAUCAAUUUUAAGAUCUGAUAUUGAAAGUGCUGGCGGAAGGUUUGGUAUGGCCAUUUCAAAAAUAGGAGACAUUAAUCAGGAUGGUUUCAAUGACCUGGCUGUAGGCGCUCCGUACGAAAAUGAAGGGGCUGUCUAUAUCUACAUAGGCGGACCAGAUGGACUUGCCAAUAAACCAAGUCAAAUAAUUUACGCGCCACCAUCACCUGAAAGUGUACCAAUUCCACAAACGUUUGGCCAAUCUCUAUCAAAAGGUGCCGAUAUUGAUGGAAACUUGUACUUAGAUCUUGCCGUUGGAUCACCAAACGCUGAAAUGGUCUAUGUGUUCAGAGCGUAUCCUGUUGUUAAAAUUGUUGCAAACGUUAUUCCUCUCACUAAAGAACUUCAAGUGACCGACACUUCUUUUAAAUUUAAAGUGUGCUGGUCAUUAGAAUCUAAAUUUGAGUUGCAAAAUGAUACAGGCAUAAUGUUACAACUGAAAUUGGAUCCAGAUUCUCGUCGUGUAAACUUUGCAGAAAGUGGCAUCAACGUUUUAGAAGUAAACACAACGGCCAAUACGAUCGAAUCUUGUUUAGAGUAUGAUGCAUCUGUGAAAGUCAUAUUGGAGAAUGUGUAUGAGCCAAUCGACAUUGAGAUGCACUAUCAACUUCUGAAUCCAGUUCCUCACUCAGACGGCGCAUUUUGCGAUUACUGCUUGGCUGUUAAUCCAGACGACCAUAAAUUGGCGUCGAACAAAAUAGUGUUUAAUGUAGGAUGUGCAAGUGAACGAUGCGUGGCUGAUUUAAAGCUAACGAGUUCGGUUAUUGAAAGCCUACCCUACAUUAUUGGUAGUUCGAACUCCUUAUCGAUCGAAUACUUAGUCCAGAAUUUCGGUGAAACUGCCUAUUUGGCACAAAUUCGAAUAACAAUAUUCGAUGGUAUUACGUUCAAAAAAACUCCAGCAAGUUGCACAAACCUACUAAAUACCAAGGAAUUAUUGUGCAACGUCAACAAUGGUAGUCCACUAUUCAAAGGCGAUGAAGGAAAAUUGAGAAUAGAUCUGGACACAACCAAGCUGGAAUUAGUAGAUUUCAUUGUUAGGGCGUACGUCUUCAGUACCGGAGACGAACUGAAUGAAACCGACAAUUAUGUGGAAAAUGUCAUUCCCUUAACUGAAUUUAGCGAAAUAGAAGGAUUAGGUCAAUCAUCACUGCCAAUCAUUGUUCUAGAGGAUGGCAUUCGAAAUGAAUCAAUCACCCACAUAUUUGAGAUUAGGAACAAUGGUCCGAGUAAUUUGCAACAAAUUGAACUAACUUUAUCGAUUCCUGUUGCAUUGAUUGACAAAUGGACUCUCGAACCGGUUUACAUCAUUGGAGUAAAAAAUAUAACCGUGAAGUCAACAUACAACAACCAAAAAGUGGAUGUAGAAUGGCUUGAACAUAAUCUGCACUCGCAAAAUCUGGUUGAUGACAACCCUUUACCGAAAACUUUCUUCUCACCCGUAGCAGUUCCAUCCGACAACAUGAAUGGGAACAAUUAUGAUACAUCAAAGGUUGGAAUGGAAUAUGAUCUAAGUGGUGGAAUGUCGAGUUCAGAUCAACUUUUGCAAGAGGAAUAUCGUCGACGUCGUCGACGAAGUGCGAACUUUAAGCCAAAUCGUUUUUACAAUCGGUACACUCAGUCAGUGAUGGAAGAGUACCAAUACGACGCAAAAAGUAGAUCGCGCAGAAGUAUGUCAUUUAAGGACGACAACAUGUUAACCGGUAUUUCGUUGAAUCGAGCCACCAUAUUUGACUGUUACGAUGACUCCGAAGCAAUUUGUGUGGAUGCAAAACUUGUGGUUAGCAAUUUCGUCAGCAGUAACAAACCAGUUCAGUUGAACAUUAAAUUUGAUCUGGAUCUGAGCGUUAUUCAAAACAUUGUUACCGACAGCAAAGACAUUUUUGUUAUAAAACCUUCGAUUGAGAUAAGUAAAACGGGCGAUGAGGAUGGCAACGACAUCAAUGUUAUUCAAACACAUCCUUAUACCAUAAUUUACAAAAAUCGAAUUUACUCGACACCGUACUGGGUUUACAUUGUGUCGGUUCUUGGUGGACUACUAGCAUUAACGCUGAUUACGUAUGCGAUGUAUCGGUUCGGAUUCUUCAAAAGAACCAAAAAGGAGGAAUUGGAGCAAGCUGUUCGACGUAGUCAGAGAGUGCCUAUGGCAGAACAAACAGGUGAUAAUGCGGAAAACCAAGCGGAGCAGUAAGAGCAAGAAAGACCGACAUUUAUCGCAUCUAAGUUCUUAAGUGCGUUUUGUUGUAAGAUAUUUUGUAGGUGCAGACCUAGUGAACUGAUUAUUAUCGUUAAUUUGUUGAAU